AUGUCAAACGGGCCGGGUCGGGUUCCCUUAGUUAAGGUUCGGGCUUAUCCGGCAUUCGACAUACAUGCAACACCAAAGUUUGACCUUAUAAAAGACAAGAGAGCUGAGAGGGGGGAGAAGAACAGAGGAGGGGUGAGGCUGUGCUGGUUUGUUGAUUUUCGGAGAAGGUGGGUCUCACUUGAAGCUAAGCUAGCACGGAUUAGGAAUUUGGGAGGAGGCUCUCCAUUCUCCGGUGGCGGCUACAGUAACGGCUACUCCCACCAUCCCACGACGGAGAAGCCCCACCGGCAACGGAGGGGUGGACGCCGUCCCCGUGACGGCAGGGACGGCGGCGCAGGGGGAGGUGGCUGGGCUAGGGCUUCAGAGCCUGAGAGGCGGCCUUGUACGGACUUCGAUAAGGCAUACUUUCAAUCGUAUUCUCACGUCGGCAUUCACGAGGAGAUGAUCAAGGACCGUGUGCGGACUGAAACAUAUAAGGCAGCAAUCACGCAGCAUCAGAAUUCUAUUGCUGGCAAAGUUGUAGUGGAUGUUGGCUGUGGCACAGGCAUUCUUUCCAUAUUUUGUGCUCAAGUUGGUGCAAAAAGAGUAUAUGCUGUGGAUGCAAGUGAGAUUGCGAUUCAGGCAAGUGCAGUUGUCAAAGCAAAUAACCUAUCUGACACGGUCAUUGUUUUGCAUGGACGAGUUGAGGAUGUUGAAAUUGAUGAAGGGGUUGAUGUUAUAAUUUCAGAGUGGAUGGGUUACAUGCUGCUGUAUGAGAGCAUGCUGGAAAGUGUGAUUACCGCUCGAGAUCGCUGGCUAAAACCUGGAGGUCUUAUUCUUCCUUCAAGUGCAACGCUGUACAUGGCACCUGUCACACACACUGACAGAUACAGAGACAGCAUUGAUUUCUGGCGGAAUGUAUAUGGAAUUGAUAUGUCUGCCAUGCUGGCAUUAGCAAAACAGUGUGCAUUUGAAGAGCCGUCUGUAGAGACAAUAUCCGGUGAAAAUGUAUUAACAUGGCCACAUGUGGUAAAGCAGGUAGAUUGCUAUGCGGUCACGAUUGAUGAGCUAAAAUCUGUUGCAACAAGAUAUAGGUUUAAAUCAAUGAUGCGAGCUCCACUGCAUGGGUUUGCUUUCUGGUUUGAUGUUGAAUUCAAUGGGCCUGCAAUUUUUCCUACCAGUACUGAUUCUCCAUCCUUGUUUAUUGGAUCUUCAAGCAAUAAUCCUGUAGAUGGUAGUCAGAGAAAGAAACGGUCAAACCCCAAUGAAGCCCUUGUGCUGUCCACAGCACCUGAGGAUCCUCCAACACAUUGGCAACAGACACUGAUAUACUUAUACGAUCCAGUGGACCUGGAGCAAGACCAACUCAUCGAAGGCUCUGUAACCCUAUCACAAAGCAAAGAAAACCCUCGAUUCAUGAAUAUACGCCUUGAAUAUGCUGCUGGGGGCCGAGCAUUUGUAAAAGAGUCAGUGAUGCGAUGAUCCUUGUGUGAAUUUGCCCCAUUGUUUCUGUUUCAGCUUCAUAAAAUGAAGCAUCAUGAUGAGCUUUUCCUGCACUCUGCAAUCCUUGUAGAAUCUACUUAUUCUACUGAACUCUCCCAGGUGACAAUUUCUGACGGUGGACUUGUGGAAUUUCACUACAUUCAUCUUACAGGACCUUGGUAAGAUGAGGUUAUUGAUUCUGCUAAUCACAUAUACAAAUAUAAGUAGCACACAGGUGAAUCAAUUUAGAAAAAUUUUGUCAUUAACACCCAUCGCCAGUUCUUAAAUCUGUUGUUAUGAUGUUGUUUGUUUAGGACAUGUUUAGAUUGUGAUGUUGUACUAAUCAAACUAUUACACCUGUGAUUUGUUUGGAAAACAGUAAGGAAAUUGAAGAUACAUGACUUUUCAUCUACUCAAACUUGUGAAUUUACUUGUCAUUGAGGAUGGAUUGUAUAAAUAUUUGAGUGCUGAUGAAGUGGUUGUUCUUGGCUUUUCUUGAGAAA